GGGAAGUUAAUGUAUCAUUUUGAUCAAUUGAUAGAAAAGUUUGAAAUGUUAGGGGAAAGAAUAGAAGUGCGAUUGAGAGCAGUGGAGGAUAAAUUGUUUGCAACAUUAGAUGUUAAUGAAGAAAA